UCAGAGUUCACAAUAAGAGUCGCAUGUGUUCUCAAACAAUUUUCAACUCGUCUUCAACUUUAUUCUUGACUCUCUUUGGCUGUGGACACAACUACAGGUGGAAACACAAUGAAGUGGCUGAGACACACGUUGUCUGUCAGUCGUUUUGCGUGUAGAUGUAUGUCAACAGAGGUGACUGCAACAAACACAGCAGUCACAUCCAGGCAAAAUGAGGUCUUUGAAAAAGAGAAACAACGACAGUUAUCGCUCAUCAAAAGAAUCGAGAAGAUUGAGGUGGAACAUGUUGAUCCUAACGAGCCGUGUAAAUUCAUGAUGAACAAAUAUCUAUCGACACCGUACCAUGCUGCUUUGCAUUUGAACCAGAGAUACCUCAAGCAUUCAGCAAUAGCGAUGGUUAACGGCAAGCCUUGGCACAUGCUGCAACCACUCAUUGAAGACUGCGAGCUGAGGUUUGUCACAAUGAAAGAUGAUGAUGUCAGAGAGGCAAACCAGGCAUUCUGGAGGUCCUGUUCGCACAUGAUGGGUGCAAUCUUACACUCGGCAUUCAAAGAUGACGUCAGAAUACAAGUAGCUCGCUCACCGGAAAUCCCAAUUUCCAAGGGGUGCUUUGCAUACGACGUCAACCUUCCCUUCAAGUGGGAGCCAACAAGAGAAGAGAUAAUCUGCCUCAAUAGGCAAGCCUUCAGCCUCGCCGAGAACAAGGUCAACUUUGAGAGGUUAGAGGUCAGCAGAGAGGUCGCGCUCAGCAUAUUUGAGGAUAAUACAUACAAGAAGCAACAGAUCGAAGAGACACAGGCAGACAGAAUCAUCCUCUUCAGAUUAGGGGAGUUUGUGGACAUCAGUGAAGGUCCCAUGGUCACCAACACAGGGUUCAUUGAACCCUGUAGAUUUGUCUUUACAUGUAUACAUGGCAUUGAAGACUAUCUCAAACCAAGGAAUAAGCUGCUGAGAUUCCAAGGCGUUGCUUUGCCAUCAGAAUUCCAGGUGCAUCACACAGCAUGGAGUAUUAUCCAAGACCGAGCUAAGAAGCCAAUCUUGUUGGACUUGGCACCUAGCAUGAAAUCCAGCCAGCAAACAGACCAAACACAACAGGAGUCUACAUCUUGAUGCACAAGUGAGCCCCCUACCGAUGCUUGGAAAAGAUCUGGACCCCAGGUUACAAAUUAGCCUCAUGCAGAGGCCAUAUCCUUUAUAUGUUGAAAUGCCAUGAUGACAAACAAACUUAGGCCGUGUCCGAAACGACGACUUCGGCUACAGCUACGUCUAGAUCAGCGCGUCUACCAGUG